GCCCCGCCGCAGUGACUCGCUCGGGCGUGGUGGGUCCCGCAGUCCCAUCCCGGCCGCUGACACAGGCCCGCUGCAGGCAGAGCUCGGAGCCCCGCAUCGCCUCCCGCAGCCCAUCUUUUCCCAAGUCUUCCUCCGGCUAGGAAACCGCUCCGAUGUUCCUGGUCAAGAACUUCCUAGGAGGAGGAGGGGGAGGAGGCAGCGGAGGUGGGGGCUUCGGGGGUAACAUUGGGAACGUGAUCGGAGGAUUCCUGAGCGGCGGCGGAGGAGGAGGACGGGCUGGAGGUGGGGGAGGCGCCGGCGGAGCCAUGGGCAUCAUUGGAGGAGUGAUCAAUGCCAUCAGCGAAGCAGCAGCUCAGUAUAAUCCGGAGCCACCGCCCCCUCGCAGCCACUUCUCCAACGUGGAAGCUAAUGAGAGCGAGGAAGUACGCCAGUUUCGGCGCCUCUUCACACAGCUGGCUGGAGAUGAUAUGGAAGUGAGCGCCUCCGAGCUGAUGAACAUUCUCAACAAGGUGGUGACCAGACAUCCCGACCUGAAGACGGACGGGUUCGGGAUUGACACCUGUCGCAGCAUGGUGGCCGUCAUGGAUAGCGACAUGAGGGAAGCUGGGCUUCGAGGAGUUCAAGUAUUUGUGGGGGAACAUCCAGAAGUGGCAGUGUGUCUACAAACAGUACGACACGGACCGAUCCGGCACUAUCGGGAGCAGCGAGCUGCCAGGCGCCUUCGAGGCGGCGGGCUUCCGGCUGAACGAGCAGCUGUACCAGAUGAUCGUGCGCAGGUACUCGGAUGAGAACGGCCACAUGGACUUCGACAACUUCAUCAGCUGCCUGGUUCGCCUGGAUGCCAUGUUUCGUGCCUUCAAGUCUCUGGAUAAGGAUGGGGACGGACAGAUCCGGGUGAACAUCCAGGAG